GUCACGAAGCAAGCCAGAUGGCAGGGUCCAACCGCUUUUCCCUCAUCUUUGACCGGUGAAAGAGCUAUUUCUCGGCUUGGAGCAAAAGCGCAACCCCAUUGGCGGGCCUGGGGCGGCAAAUUGCGGGUCCAGCGGAAGCGACGAGGGAGUGGAAUAUUUCAAUUCGCACUCCCUCAACCGCCAGCCCCUGCUAGCACCCAGAGAAUUGGCAACAUCCACCCGCCUUCGAGGGCGCCGGCGCAUGGGGUCAAUCACCCUCACAGCCCUCGCCCUUGGCCCAAAUCAGCCCCGAUCUUUUUGUUGUUGUCGAUGAAUUGCUACUUCAAUAUGCCCAUCCAUGUCGAAUUGAAAGUCGCGUCGUCCUUGCAACUCCGCAAUCGACGUGACGCGCAACAUGCGCCGCAAAAGCCCCUUCAUCGCUAAUAUCCGCGCCAGGCGGCCGCCCAAGCAGACAAACACUUUGGUUAUUAAGUUUGUGCUAGGCAGGUUUUAAUUGAAUUGUUUAGGGAGGAAAGUUAUGGAAGCAAGGAUCGCACAAGUUGUGUGGAAACAGAUUUUGCCAAGGAUGAAGGGCGUGCUAACGUUAAAUGAGCCUCGAUCGAAUUAGGAAAACAUUGCUUUGUUGACCAUGCAAACACGCUGCUAUAGUACAAAGGUGGGCCUAUCGAGAAUCGGAAGGCACGUCCAACUUUUGUGAGUAAGUAUCGAGACUGAUGUUAUGGAGUCUAAAGUACAGAUCCUCAAGAUCGACAAAACGCGUCUGCAUGUACUUUUCCGCCACCUGGGCUUUUAGACUUUUUAUAACAGAAAUUGCGGUGGGGAGGGCCUCGACAAUGGAUGCUCGAGCGACUUGGCGGGCUUGAAAAUC